GAUGUCAAGGGCCGCGUCGGCGGAGAGGCCGAGUUCGUGACGACCGUCAAGAACACCUUCAUCACCGUGUACAUGGGCCUUGGCGAGGGCGGUGACGCCCGGCGCAGGUCGAAGUCGGCUACCUCGGCCCUGAGCAGGGGCCGCUCUGCGGAGCCGUGA